AUGUCUGUUAAUCCUUUUUUCAAAUCGGGUGUAAAUAAAGAUAAACUUAAUAAUCAAGCAACUAGUAAAUCAUCACAACAAUAUGAUACAACAUCAAGUAUAUUAUCAGAUUAUGAUGAUUUAGAAAUUAUAGAUGAUGAACAAUCAAGUUAUGUUUUAUUUAAUCCAAAGAAACAAUGUACAUCGAAUACAAACGAUAAAUGUGAUAUUUUAUCAUUAACAAACACUACUUCACAAUUUAAUAAUACUGAAGAUGAGAUAGAGUCUGAUGAGGAAUCAGCACAAGAACAAGAACAAGAACAAGAACAAGAACAAGAACAAGAAAAAGAAGAAGAAGAAGAAGAAGAAGAAGAAGAAGGAGAAGAUGAUACAAAUAUCCAACAAUCUAAAACUGAGACAUUACAUCAAUUAUUAUCUACUAAAAUUAAUAAUUGGCAUCAUUCGAAUAUAGUGAAUAACAACCAAGAUAUCAUUGAUGAAAAUGUAGCAAGCUGGGAAUUAGAUACUGAUGAACAACAAGAAAAAGAAGAAGAGGAAGAAAAAGGUAGUGUAGUUACAUUAAAAGAGUCAAAGAAGAUAUUAUCUGAAUUUUAUGGUGAUGAUUUAUUUAAAUAUUUGAAUCAAGAAGAUAUCAAAAAAGUUAAAGAUUUUCAUAAAUUAAUGAAUAUUAGAGAAUAUUUACUCUCCAAAGAGUCAUAUAAUGAUAGUAACAUUUUAAAACAAAUAUUAUACAAGUUAUUAAUUAAUAAUAAUAUGUUAUAUUCCAAUAAAGAAGAUUUAUUAUUACAUAGACAUUAUAAUAUUGGUACAACUGAUUAUAUCAAUUAUUUAACUAAAGAUUUACCAUUAUAUCAAAAAGAAAAACAAAGAGAGAAUAUUAAUUAUCAUAUUGAUACAUUUUCUGAUACAAAUACUAAUAAUUCUUCAUUGAUAAUGUGUGGUGGUGUUGGUUUUGGAGGUACUACAAAUUGGAAUGAUAUAUGA